UAAAAAAAGGGGAUUAAUCUGGCUGGAGUGCACAUGACGCUGCACAUCGUCGCAUGCCAUCUCUCCCCCAAAGUCGUCGUCGUCUAAACUUAACGUGAUGGAAUGGCAUCCAUAAUAUUCGUCCACCCUCUCCACUACUUCGUCUCCACCACCAGAGCAUCUAAUUUCACGCUCCAAGCAGUAUACUUCACACUCUCGCUACCUCGCUAAGCUAAGCUAGCUCUCCUUCAACGCCACGUCGACAAUGGCGGACCAGCCGCAGCAGCAGCAGCCGGAGCCGGAGCCGGAGAUGGGGGCGCAGCCUCAGCAGCAGUGGGAGGGCGCGGUGGAGGCGCGGCUGCCGUCGACACCGGCCGCCGCGGCGUGGCCGCACCUUGCCGCCUUCUGCUCGCUGCACCGCUACAACCCCGGCAUCGACGUCUGCGAGCGCGUCGCCGGCGACGACGGCGUCCCCGGCUGCGUCCGCUACGUCGCCUCCCGCCCGCCACCACCACCUCCGCGAGCUAAGGAUGGUGGUGACGACGACGACGACGACCAGCAGCCGGCGGCCGCCGCCGCCGGGGUGGAGACGUGGGCGCGGGAGGAGCUUCUCGAGAGGGACGACGCCCGGCGCCGCCUCGUCUACGCCGUCGUCGGCAGCAACUUGGGGUUCGGCCGCUACGUCGCCACCAUGACGCUCGUCGACGACGACGGCGAGGACGUGGAUGUCAACGCUCCGGCGCCGGCGGCCGCCGCCGCCGCAGGGUGCAAGCUCGUGUGGGCGUUCGAGUGCGAGCCCGUGAAGGGGUGGACAAGGGACGGCUUGCUCGCCUACCUCGACGCCGCCGGCAAGGGCAUGGCCGAGCGGAUCGAGGCCGCCGCCGCCGCCGCCGUCACCGACAUUGCCGUAGAAGACGACGCCGCCGCCGCUCGCAGCUAGAAGAAUAAAUCAAGUAAACUUUUAAUUACUUUUCCUGCUUAAUUAGCCUCUUCUAAUGAUUUGUUUGGUUCAUCUAGAUAUCAAGUCACAUUUUAUUACUCUUUAAUUCAUCGUGUAAAAGUCUAAAAGAACAUAUAUUAGAAGGUAGUGUUCGUUUGCUAGUCAAUGUGUACGUGGACGAUGGUGAAAUAUUUUUCCAUAUGUGAGACUUUUUAGGUUGCUGACAAUGUACAUUUCGUAGUCCUUCGUUUGAUUACGUUUGAUCGAUCGAGAUCGUCCGUCCACACGAUGAUUGUAUGGUUGCAAAUAUUUUGAAGGUUGAAAUGGAAUCGAAUUAUUCCCUCU